GGGGAAUUGGGAAAUAUCAUUUGUUGUUAUAUUAAAUUUGCAAAUAAAUAUUCUUAAUUUAUGUGUUUAGUAUUUGUUCAAAAGUGUUUAAAUACUAAGAUUUGUAUUCAACGUCAUAGAGUAAUUCAGAAUCAUGGAGCCAUAUGGGAGUGUACCGGUCUUCAUUGAUGUGGAACGCGCGCCUGAUCGGUACAUUCUGACUCAGGAAAUGUGCCAUAAUCUCGUUCAGAAUGCCAAAAUGGAGAAUAGUAGCAAUCCAGAAAGCCAAACAUUUGAUCCAGCUAGCCAGUUCCAAAUGGUACAAAAUGAACCAAUGCCAAGUCAAUCGGGUAACCAAGACAUGCCAGCGGUGUCCACUCAAAAUGAAGAAGGCGGACAAAGUGAAGAGAAAAAACCCAGUUUGUCAGGAAAACCUGCCUCGGAAAAAACGGACGCGGGCUUAGCGCCGGUGCCCCGUCGCAUACGUUGCCCUGAAUGCCAGCGGUACACAGCUGAAAAUGAGGAGAAAAUGCUGCGUCAUAUCAAAAAGGUACAUAAAGGCGAAAAUCCCUUCCAAUGCUACAUGUGCGACUACAGCACGUACAAUAAAAGUUUGUUCGAAGAACACGUCCGUAUCCACCAAGGGAUAAAACCCUUUGAAUGCUCCCAAUGUGACUACAAGAGCGCCUCCAAGAAAAACUUAAAAAAACACGAACUCAUCCAUAGACCCAAUAACCCACUCAAAUGUCAAAAAUGCGAUUUCAUAGCCAGACAUUCGAAAGCUUUGAAAAGACACGAAGAGACCCACACGGACGGUGAUUGGCUCAAAUUUGACACAUGCAAGUUCCAAUUUCAAAAUAUGGCCGCGUUCAAGAAACACGAGCGCACACAUAAGUUUAAGUGCAAGGAUUGUGAGUUCAAAACGUGUUCGAGACCGUUUUUAAAACGGCAUAUGGUUAAGGAGCACGGUGUAACAGACGAGAGUGUCAAGUGGGGGAAUUUCUGCUGUCAAAUUUGUGGGUGGACUUCUAGUUCUGUGGUGAAGAUUUUGUUGCAUUUGAUACAUCACCCUAGGCAGGAGGUUGAUGAGAGCGUUAUAGAUAUAAGCAUUUUGAAGAAGCAUGGUAUUAUGUGAAAUACUAAUCAGAUAUAGGAGUUGUAUGUGUGAGUAUUACAUAGUUGUGUCAUAAAUUAAAUAUAACAAGACAAUACCAGCCCAUACAUUAAAAUGCGACCGCCUACGAACGCGCUUACACUCCACCACACAUAG